AUGGCUACACUAUCUCAAACCUCAAGUCUCGCAGACGAUAUUCCGGAAUGGACAUCCGGUUGUCCAACCUGCAAAGCAAUCUGGCUCCAAUUCGCAGACCCUGAAUCUUCGUCUGAGACCAAUCUUGGAUCUUCUAAAGAAGCUCUUUCGACUACGUGCCCUAAUCACAAAGUACUAGUGCAGAGAUUCAUUGAUUAUGUACUCUCUGAGGGACCUCACAGUGAAUGUUUCAGUAGUAGUGACUUGAGGUUCCGAAAACUAGGCGAAGGCUUUAGCAUAACUAUCAAUCAAUCCUUAUCUGGAAGAGGCUAUCUUUGGAAUUUGCUAUUAAAGCAUAGAUGCGUUUCUUCCCAUGGCGCCAAAUGCAAAAACCCUCUCAAAAAGCAAUGUAUUAUCCCUGGCCAUUUACCCGUCAACUAUGUGGCAAUAAGUUACACUUAUAGAAACCAUACUCAGCCAGUUAUUACUUCAAGCGACUUCACAAGGCUACAGAAGCCCUUCUCUUUAGAAACCACAGAUUUUUCACACUUUGUCUCGCCAAUCGUUCGUCACGCUAUAUGCCUAACUUCAGUCAUUGAGGAGCGGUAUCUAUGGGCAGAUGCACUCUGUAUCACUCACCACGACCCCAAGGCUGCUUCUGAGCAAUUGAGAUCAAUGGGCGCUAUUUAUGCUAAUGCCAUUGUGACUAUUGUUGCCACAGAUGGUGACUCUGAGUCCGGGAUACCUGGCCUCAAGGGCAUAUCGAGCCCUCGAGGGAUGAGACAGAAUAUCAUUCCUUUUGGGGAUGAGAGACUGUUGUUCGGAACAACAUGUCAGGAAUAUGCAAUGGCCAAGAGAAAGAUCAUCUUUAAUAACCUCGAGCUACACUGGGUAUGCGCGUGUAGUUUAUGGCAUGAGGAGCUGACUUUGUUUACUGAGAUCGAUAAUGAGCUCUAUCCUCAGUCCAAUAUCGCAAUGGCAGGGUUCCUGGAUGACUCGUCCCUUCGCCGCUAUUUUGGUGGAUACAACCAGAGGUCGUUGACCUUCGAGGAAGAUGCACUUCCAGCUCUGUCGGGUCUACUAUCAGUUUUCAGUCGGUCCUUUGAAGGAGGGUUCCUUUAUGGAAUCCCAGAGAUGUUCUUUGAGCACAGUCUCGGCUGGCGACCGUGUGGGAACGGAUGUCUCCAACGCCGCAUCCCAUCAGGCAGACCUAUCGAAAGUCGUUUCGAAUCUUCUGGUAUUCCUUCGUGGUCGUGGCUGGGUUGGAAAGGUUCUGUCGAUACGCGGUGCCAGACAGCAAUUCGGGUUGCCAGCAACUAUGUCUCAGGAGAAGCCUAUUUCGACAAGCGUGAUGGCUAUAAGGAUUUCAUCAACCCUAUGCCCCCUGGGUGGACGCGUGUAGCAGCGCCUGAUAAUGAGCCCCGCCUCUACCCCGAUGGAUGCGGCAGGUAUAUUUUCAAGCAUGAAUCUAUGCUUGAACACUAUGGGGGACCAAUAGAGUGGUACUACCCAUUUCCAGUAGAUGAAAUCCAGGAAUUAACACCUCCCUUCAUGCCAGAGCAAACCCAAUAUUUAUUCUGUAACACAGUCCAAGCCAGACUGUUAGGAUAUCAGCAGGACUCCGAUCAGUUGCAAUAUCUAUGGGACAACGAAGCAAAGCUUUGUAAUAAAUUUGGAAAGGUUAUUGGAAAACUGCACCUGCUUAACAAGGAUUCGAGGGAUCGUUUCCCGGAGAAUGCGAAUGGAACUGAGGCAGGGCUACCAGUGGAUAUAGUAGCGGUGUGCAGACUGAAAAGAUGUUCCAAGACAUGGCAUCGAGAAGAAAUGGAAUCUCGAUUGCCGCUUAUUAAGGAGGAUUUAUACCUUGUGCUAUGUGUUGACGGAGAAGUGAUAGCAGCAGAAUGGGAAAAUCUAGAUCCAGAGAAGGUUUCUCUUGUCCUUGGGUAG